ACUUUAACCUGUAGCCACUCCUGCAGAGACUCGGCUUCCUGUGCUGACCGGACCAGGAACCCGGUCUCUGUCUGCUGCGCCUGCAGAGGUACGACCAGAUGGAUAAUAAACUCGGUUUCCAUGACAACAUCCUGAGUCGGUUGAUAAAGACAAGAGACGAACAAAGGGAUGUUCUCGUUUUAAAUGUGCUGUUGCUAGGAGACAGGCAGAGUGGGCGGAGCUCCGUGGGGAACGCUCUCAUUGGCGGGGACGAAUUUCAGACGGGAACCUGCGUUUCUGACGUUUCCGUGACAACAGAGCUCCGCGUCCUGAGCAGGAAGUUUCCCGCGUAUUUCAGGAGGCAGGGGGCGGAGUCUGACCUGGUGCUCAGAGUGUUGGACACGCCCCCCGUGAAGCUCCGCCCACAGAGCCUGCAGGAGCUCUGCCCCGGUGGCGUUCACGUGUUGGUGGUCAUCAUGAGAGUCGAUCAGCUGAACGAAAGCUCACCGCUGCUGAGCCACACAGAGAGUCUCUUCGGUCCAGACUGGCGUCGUCACGCCAUGCUCGUCUUCACACACGCUGAUCACCUGGGGAAGGCGGGGCUUCAGCCGCCUGCUUUCCUGACCCAGAGCUCUGAUUGGCUGAGCUCUCUGGUUGAAGAGGUUGGGGGCGGGGUUUCGUUUUUGGAUAACAGCUCUGAUUGGCCAUCAAUCAGAGGCCGUUCAAUAAGGGAUCAACUGCUCCGCCUCUCAGCGAAGAACCAUCACAAAGCUCUGCAGUUUAGGUCAGACCAAUCACUCUGACACAAAUUCUGAGGACCAAAACCAUCAACGUUAAUGUGGGUUUUAGGCCCGUAACAACAAAUGUCCUAAUUAUUGAGAUAUAUGAUAAUAUUGUUUUUUAGGACAUUUUAGAGUAGUAUUUUGAAAGACCAAUAAACUUUAAUUUUAUAAAGAAAACUCAAGACUGAAACUGGAAGAUAUUUUAAAUAUAAAUGUUAAAUUUCACUGCUAAAAG